AUUUAUGUAUGUCCCUUGUCCCCACACUGCUGAGUCACUUUCUACCGUGUUAAUGAUUGUCUAUUUGAUUGGAAUAUUGAUCAGAAAUUGUCCACAUUGACUGUUGAUAAUUGCACCACGAAUGACGCUAUGAUUAACGUUAUGUUAGAUAAGCUUUCUCUUGGUUCUUUAUUGUUGAAUGGUGAAUUUUUCCACUAGCGGUGUUGUGCACACAUACUGAACCUGAUAGUAAAGGAUGUUUUGGAUAUCAUUAGCCCGAGUGUUGAGAGAAUUCACGAUAGUGUUUCAUAUUGGUUAGCAACACCAAAAAGAGUUGAAACAUUUGAGACAGUUGCACGACAAAUGAAAAUCCCUUGUGAAAAAAAGUUAGUAUUGGAUCGCAAGACUCGAUGGAACUCCACGUAUCUAAUGAUUCAUACUGUUUUGCUUUACAAAGAACUUUUUCCUCGGCUAAGGCAAAGAGAGCCUCAUUACAGAAGUGUACCGAGUGAGAGUGAUUGGGAAUUGGAUAUAGAGAUUUGUGAUAAGUUGGAAAUUUUUGAUGAAGCGACUGAAUUAUUUUCAGGAACAAAAUAUCCUACUGCCAAUUUGUACUUUCCCAAUAUUUGUGACAUAAAGUUGGCAAUCCGUGAUUGGAGCACAUCAUCUUGUGAUGAAGUCAAAUGGAUGGCGUCAAGCAUGAAGGAAAAGUUUGAUAAAUAUUGGAGUGGCAUGCAUGAAAUUCUAGCUGUUGCAACUAUAUUGAAUCCUAGAUACAAGAUGAAACUAGUUGAAUACUAUUUUCCUUUGAUUUUUGGAGAUGAAGCUAAGGAAGAGGUUGAAAAGGUUAGAGCAUUUGGUUAUAAGUUGCUCAAAGAGUACAAGAGACCACAUCGUUCGACAAAAAAUACAUCUUUGUUUCCAUCAUCUUCACAAUCACAGUCGUCUACUACUGUUGGAAAACAUUCUCGCAUGGUUGGUUUUGAUACAUUUGUUAACCUUUCUAUUACUGUUGAUCAUGUAAAAACAAAGUUCGAAAUUUUUCUAAAUGAGCCAGUAUUGCCAAGGGUGGACGGUUUUGAUCUAUUGACAUGAUGGAAAGCAAAUUCAAUAAAAUAUCCGACUUUACAGAAGGUUGCAAGAGAUUUAUUAGUCAUUCCAGUAUCUACUGUUGCAUCCGAGUCAGCAUUUAGUACAAGUGGUAGAUUUGUGAGCCCACAUAGAAAUAGACUUCACCCAGAGACUUUAGAAGCUUUAAUGUGUGCUCGAGAUUGGCUUUGGACUGAUAUUCAUGAAAAUUCUGUUCCUUCAUCAUAUUUCGGAGCUUGUGCAAAGUUUGGUGACGAGGAUGUUGACGAUGAGGUACAUUUUUUUGUUUAAAUCUUUAGUUAAGAACAUUAUGGAUUAUUGAUUUAUUACUCUACUUACAUUUCUUAUAUACUAUAUAGGAAUCAACUUUGAGUUUUGACGUAUGCUAGUAAGAGUUGUGGGGAAGAAUAAAGAUUGAAUAUGAAUUGAGGUUGGAGCUUUUUGAGUUAUUGAAUAUUGUUUGUUAAAUUUGAAUUUUAUAUUUGAGAAUUGGGAUAUUUUUUGCAUUUUCAUUUGGGAUGUUGUUUGCUACAUUAACUUAGUAUCAUG